CGCUGUGUUGAGGGGGUGGUGGGGGAUGGGCAGGACCAAGGAGGGAAGGCACCGAGAAGUGCACCGAUGCCGAUAGCUUCGAGAGGCCGUGACUGGAAGCGCUUUCCCUCGUGUUUGCCCCCUGUCCCCGCCACUCCAUUGACGAUGUCCGUCAAAUCAGUGGGCAAAACCCUACAACCUUCUCAUCUCUGAUUAUUUUUCGGCGAAAAAAAAUUGAAUUUCUUUCUCCCUCCCCCUUCAGUGUGUGAUUUUCGUUUUAACUCCUCGGUUCCUUUCUUUGAUUUUCUUGCCCCCACCAACCCCUUUCCCCUCCUGCGUUAUGUCUUGAUAAUUUCAUGGGGCUACUAAGAAUUAUCAUGCCGCCCAAAUUGCAGCUUCUCGGGGUUGUGGCGUUUGUGAUCGCGAUGUUGUUCCUGGAGAACCAGAUCCAGAAGCUGGAGGAAUCUCGGGGAAAACUGGGCAAUAUUUUGCAUGGCAAGUUAUUGGAAGAGUUGGAAAUGGCAUGGUGUCCUUUUACGGGACAAAGGAACAUGAGUGAAAAGAGAGCAAUUGCAAGACAUGAAGUAAGAGAAAUUGAACAGCGCCGCACAAUGGACAACCCAAGACAAGACCCAGGAGAAGAAGAGUUGGAUGACAUAAUCAUCCUUUAUAAUCGUGUACCGAAGACUGCCAGUACUUCUUUUACAAACAUUGCUUAUGAUCUGUGUGCAAAAAACAGGUACCAUGUCCUGCAUAUCAACACAACCAAAAAUAAUCCUGUGAUGUCUUUGCAAGAUCAAGCAAGAUUUGUAAAAAAUGUUACUACGUGGAAAGAAAUGAAGCCAGGAUUUUAUCAUGGGCAUGUGGCGUAUCUGGAUUUUGCCAAAUAUGGUGUGAAAAAGAAACCCAUCUAUGUAAAUGUUAUUCGAGAUCCCAUUGAGCGACUAGUGUCGUACUACUAUUUUCUGCGCUUUGGUGAUGACUAUAGGCCUGGUCUAAAGAGAAGAAAACAGGGAGAUAAAAAGACAUUUGAUGAAUGUGUUGCAGCUGGUGGGUCAGACUGUGCUCCAGAGAAACUUUGGCUUCAGAUUCCUUUCUUUUGUGGCCACAGUUCAGAAUGCUGGAAUGUUGGAAGCAAAUGGGCUUUGGAGCAAGCCAAAUACAACUUGGUGAACGAGUAUCUUCUUGUCGGGAUAACUGAGGAAUUAGAAGACUUUAUAAUGCUCCUGGAAGCCGUCUUGCCACGCUUCUUUAGAGGAGCAACAGAAUUAUAUCGUACAGGAAAGAAAUCUCAUCUUAGAAAAACAACAGAGAAGAAACUGCCUACUAAAGAAACCAUUGCGAGACUGCAAGUGUCUGAGAUCUGGAAAAUGGAAAACGAGUUCUAUGAGUUUGCUCUGGAACAGUUUCAAUUUAUUAGAGCUCACGCAGUGAGAGAAAAGGAUGGUGAACUUUACCUCCUUAGCAAGAGCUUUUUCUAUGAAAAAAUCUAUCCUAAAGCAACUUAAAAACAGUUUUCACUACAGUGACCUGAAGAACUGCAUCAAAAAUGUCUUUCUGCUGAAUCAGUUGUUACCUUGAACAGUCUAAUGAUUUUUUUUCCCCAAUAAGAGCAGAAAAGAAAUCUUGUUCUACAGUUUGUAUCAAAUCUGCAGUGAACCACUUGCAUCUGUAAAGAUUUUAGGGUCAAGCAUUAGGUGCAUUAAUGGACGAAUGAGCAAGGAAAUCCGUUUACACAAACAGCGCACCAGUUGUGUAGAUGGCAUUCUGUCAUUAUUACUAAUCAGAUUGUGGUAUGUUUUAGGGACUCCUGUGUCUUGUAAACUUUUACCUGUAGAACUAUUUUUUACUAGGGUGCUUUCUAAAGUGUUUCAAAGUAUUGUAAUUUCACAGUAAGAGAAAAGACAAAAUGCUGUACAUAUUGCACUUUUUAUGUGUUUGGACCAAAAGGUUACAAAAAGUUUGAAGUAUUUAUUUCACACCAAUUUUAUUACAGGUGGUGUAACUGAACACGUAGCAUCCAACAUACUAUACACCCUUUUAUUAGAUACUUUGUGUCAAUUUAGAUUUGUAAGCUUGAAUUUCCUCGCUUGUUUGUAUCAUGGAGAAUAAUAUGCCAAAAGGCAAAACUACAUUGCAGAGACCUGGAGCUUACAGAAAUGCCAUCUUUGACAAUGUGCUGCAUUACAAUUAUGGCUACACAGAUCUGCAGUUAGAAAGCAAACUUUUUAAGCAAAUAAUUGUGUUUGCCCAGUGGAGGGAAAUAUUCAGUGUUAAUUAAUCUCACCAUCGCCUAAUUUCCCUUCAGGUUGAAACAGUGUUAGUAGGUUUUCAUUGUUAUUUCCCAUCCCAGUUUAAAAAGUUAUAUAGAUUAAUGUAUUGCAUUUCUAAAUGUACUUUUCUCGCAAAUGAAAUGAUAUAUCCAAUAGGCUUGCUAUGUUUUCAGUCAGUGCAUUGCACUGCUGAAUUUUACACGAGUGAUUUCCUUGCAUUCUCUCUCACAUGCAUGCUAACAAUUGAGAAAAUCUGUCCCAACCCCUGCAAUCUUUGCAGAUACUUUGCCGCUUUGUGUUUGUUUUGUCUCUUUUUAAAAAAUUUGUCCCCUCCUAGGAUUAAUCAACCAGUAUUUUAAAAUGUGGGUGGCUUGAGGCUGCAUUUUCUGCUGGACAGUAAAUCCAUUCGUGAUUGUGAAGGUAGGACAGUCGGUCAUUGCCCUAUCCCAGUGCAAGCUGAGCUACUUUUCUCAGUUGAGUUAAAGAUGUCGACUGGGCUCUUGGCAGUUGGCAAGUAGUGUCAAAAAAAAUCAUGUGCAGCAGUGGCACCCACUUCUGCACCAAAGAGUAGAAGCAAUAGUUAAAAGGGAUAGAAGCUCCCAAACCAUCAUGGUAUGAUGACUCUAUGAAUAAUUCUGUGCAGUUAACAAAAAUGUAUUUCAAACUAGCCUCGAAUGCGACUACGUCAAAUGUACUACUGGGAGAGCAGAGGAUUGAAAGCACUGGCUACUUAGCCAUGUCCUGUCCCUCCUUGGUGACUAUUUGGCACUCCAAGCUGAAGAACUGUCAGCCAGUUGGCUGUUUCAGUAGUUGGCAGGAAGGCAGCAGGACAAUUAGUUGGUUAGCCUUGCCAUUCCAUGCUGCUACAGAAAGCUUAUAUGGACAGCAGGUGAAACCAUAAGGUCCAGUUGAGUAACAUAGAUUCAAUUGAGCUGGUAACCAUCUUUUGAACUUUGUAGCAGCAACAAAACAAUAUUUUUAAUUUUCCCAAAAUUGUGCUUAAGAUUUCGUUACUAUGAAGGCCCUCAAGAGGCACAUGUUGAAUUUGUACUCAUUUUAAUAUUACCUUCUGAGAGAGAUAAUGACCGAGUGGUAUUAUCGCUAAACUGUUAAUCCAGAGAACCAGGUAAUGUUCUGGGGACCUGGUUUUGAUUCCUGCCAU